AUGGCUGCGGCUGAGGCUGCGGACACUCAGCUGAUGCUCAGAGUCAGUCUGAUCGUGACCAUCUUUCCACCGGAAAAGGACACAAAUGGAGAAGUUCUGUGGGUGUGGUGCUAUCCUUCCACAACAGCUCCUUUAAGGAAACUGCUGCUGAGAAAAUGCUGCCUUACAGAUGAAAACAAACUUCUCCACCCUUUCGUCUUUGGUCAGUACAGAAGAACAUGGUUUUAUAUCACAACAAUUGAAGUUCCAGAUUCUUCAGUCUUGAAAAAGGUGACUCAUUUUUCUAUUGUUCUGACUGCCAAAGAUUUUAACCCAGAGAAAUAUGCCGCCUUCACUAGGAUAUUGUGUAGAAUAUACCUGAAACACGGGAGCCCAGUUAAAAUGAUGGAGAGCUACAUCACAGUUCUCACAAAAGGGAUAUGCCAGAGUGAAGAAAAUGGCUCUUUCCUUAGCAAGGUUGAUGCCCGAAAAGCAUACCUUGCAGGCUCCAUCAAAGCCAUUGUAUCUCAGUUUGGAAUGGAAACUGUUAUCUUACACACAGCACUGAUGCUAAAGAAAAGAAUCAUUGUCUAUCACCCCAGAAUAGAAGCCGUGCAGGAGUUCACCAGAACUCUGCCCACCUUGGUGUGGCAUUGACAGGACUGGACCAUACUUCAUUCCUAUUUGCACCUCAGAGCUGAUGAGCUGGAAGCUCUGCAGAUGUGCACAGGUUAUAUCGCUGGAUUUGUAGACUUGGAGGUGAGCAAUAGAUCAGACCUCUAUGAUGUAUUUGUGAAUCUGGCAGAAAGUGAGAUUAUCAUUGCUCCACUUGCAAAAGAAGCCAUGACAAUGGGCAAACUGCACAAAGAAAUUGGUCAUCUAAUUGUUCAGUCUGCAGAAGAUCCAGAGAAAUCAGACAGCCAGGUUAUCCAGAAUAUUUCCCUAAAAACAAGAGAAAUCUUCUCCAGCCUGGCUCCUUUUUCAGAAGUUUCGGGUGAAGGAGAAAAGCAUGUUCUCAACUUUGAGGCGCUAAAGCAAAGACGAUUCCCACCAGCAACAGAAAACUUCCUUUACCAUUUAGCAGCAGCUGAACAAAUGCUGAAAAUCUGACUGUGUGACAAUUUAUCACUGAUGACUGAUAUAGAGCUAUUUUACCAUGAUUAUCCAUUAACUAUGUAAAAUACUGGAAAUAACAAAGAAAAUGUUAUAUUUUUAAUGCUUUAUUUGAAAGGUGAGGUUUAACCUGAAAGAGCACUGAAACAUACAUGUGAACACUUGUGAUUUUCUAUCUUGUUAGUUCAUGCCUCCUAUCAAUGAUGGACAAAGUGCUGUAACUACCAUAUACAUUGUGAAAUGGCCUGGUGUCUGGAGUAAGUGAAAGCAAGCUCUGUCAAGUUCUUAGGCAAUUACAGCAAAUCUGUAGCCUUCAUUAUUAUUAAGUUCCAGUUUGUCUCACUGUGUUGCCACAAACUAAUAGUUUAUUUUCAGAAAGCUGCCUGAAAUUUUGCUUUCUACUCUUAUAGGAAAAACUUUAAUUCCUCAUGAGGAACUCUUACUUUCUGAGCCAAACUACUAAGUUUUCUGCAGAACUGUCUAGAAGAUCAUUCAAAAGACCCUGCAGUUGCACUUUUCUUGUAAAAGAAAAAAAAAUUAUUUCUUGGCCUUUGAACAUUUUGCCUAUAUUAUGAGGGUUUUGCAUAAAUUUUAUACUUGAGUCGACAACUUUAAUAAUCCAUAUUUAUAUUGUUGCAGAGGUAAGCAUUUAGCAAACUUAAGCCAUUAGUACUCUCCACUUAACCCUGUUGCUAGCAAUAUUGUUUUGAACAAGUUGUCACUCUUUAGGAUAGAGUAAAAAAAGCAGCCCAUUUCGAAUAUAAAUGUUUGUGUGACAGAAACAGCAACUCUGUGUACUUGGGAAGGGAAUUUGAGAAUUAACUUCUUGCAAUGACCAGAACCACAGAAUGUCUUCAAACAAUUUCAGUAAAAGUAAUUUGCCCACACAGGAAGAGAACCACUCCAGUUCAGUUAUGUACCUUUUUCAUAAUUGGAGACCUAAAAAUCACAAGCAGGGAGGCCUAAAUUCUGAACUUUUUAUUUUAUUGUAUGUAUUCAUAUUAAUUAUGAAAGUUUAUUUUACACUCAGUACUGUUGUCCUUAGAAAUCAUACUCAGAAAAAUGUUUGCAAAAAUAUCUUGUCUUUAUCUGAUCUUUCAUUUAUUCUUGGUGUUAGAUAUUUGUAAAGUAAAAAUCAAAAAUAGCCUUUUCCCUCCCUCCUUGGAUGGGGGCAGGUGAGGAUCUGAAAUGAGAUGAUGUUUACUAAGGCAAACAAUUAAAAAUUAAAUCUGCACUUUAUGAAAAUGAAUACUAA